UUAGCAGGGAAACUGCAAUACGUCAGCGUUAGCAGAAGUGCGUCGGUUGGGCGACUGCUAGGCCUGCUGGCCAGCUCAGUAUCUCGUCACGCGCGCCACCUGUUUCUUGUUCCCCGCGCUGCCAACUUCCCUUACUCUCCUGCUUCAAAGCGUACUCGCCGAUUCAGUGAUGUGCAUGCUAACGACGCAGAAAGUCCUUCCUGCCUAGUCUACCAGCUUACGCCCUUCCCUCGCCUGGCCCUCUUUUGAGUCGACUCAAAAGCAGUCUUGGCCUCCACUGCCUCUCUUUCUUGUUCAUUUCUUGUUUCAUUUCUUGUUUUCACUCGUCGCGCCGAUUUCGUCCUCUGCAAGUCUCCGCGUUACCUUUCUCGGAGCACGAGUGCUGCCUGCUGCUCCCUCGUUUCCUCGCCGUCCUUAGCUUUCCGUCCCGAGUCUCCAUGGCCCCCGCGUUUACCGCAGAAACGAUUCGCAGCCAUACCGAUUUCGCCCGCGCUCCCGGGCAUCUCUCUCAGAAAGUACUUACCGACUCUGCUUCAAAGCCACAGGCCGAGGCUGGUUCCGAAGCGCUCGGAAGCACUCCGGCCCUCGCGCAACGGACACCCGUUGAGCCGACUCCAGCGGCAACAAAGUGCGACGCGGCUAUGGCAGCCCCACCGCCUCAGAAACAGACUCAACUGGCGGCUGAGUGCGACGCCGCGACUGCCUCCCUGCUGAACGGGAAAGCCUUUUGGGACGACGCGGAGAUGACGUGGGCUGUGGAGGCGUCGCGGCUGUCGCUGUCCAUCGAGAAUCCCAUUCGCAAGAUCACCGACUCUCUCGCCGCCGUACUUGCCGCGCCGGCCGCUCGCACUUCCGCUUCAACCGCCGUUGCCGCCGCUUCUUCCGCUCCUGCUGCUCCCGAAGUUCCUCCAAAGUCGUUGAUCUCGUUGGGGCAAGGCGAUCCGACGGCGUUCGGCCACUUGAAGCUGCCGGACGUCGCUGUGCGCGCUGUGCAGGACGCUAUAGCGAGUGGUCGUUAUAACGGGUACCCGCCUUCUAACGGACUGCCUGACGCACGAAGGGCGGUUGCUGAAUUUUGCACCACGUCCGCACUGGCAGCACUCCCUCCUGCCACGUCAGCAGGAUGCGCGCCAGCAUGCUCAGCCGCUGACGUGUACAUCACAGGUGGCUGCGGCCCGUCCAUCCAACUCUGCUUAGACGCGCUCGCCAAUCCGGGCGGAAACAUUUUGCUGCCCCGCCCGGGCUUCCCGGUGUACGAGUGCAUGUGCCUGCACUCCGGCCUGGAGCCCAGAUUUUAUGACCUGCUGCCCGAGCAGAACUGGGAGGUGGAUCUCGGGCAGGUUGCAAAACUCCGUGACGAGGGCACGGUGGCUUUGCUGGUGUGCAACCCGGGGAAUCCUUGCGGGCAAGUCUUCUCCAGGCAGCAUCUGGUGGAGAUUCUCACCACAGCAGCGGCCCUUCGUCUACCAGUCAUAGCCGACGAGGUAUACGAGGGCAUCGCCUUCCAGGAAGCUUCGCCCUUCGUCCCUCUGCGCGCCGCAGCCAUGCAGCUAGCCGCUCAACAGCAGCCCUCGGCUCAUCAGCCGUGCAGUCCCUUGCCUGAUGCGUGCUGCGGAUUGCAAAACGGGGCAGAUAGCGCUGCGAAUGGAGUUGCGCGUGAAAGAUACUCGGGCACUGCUGAUGCUAGAGAGAACGGGCAUUUGGAGCAUGGGCAUGCAGCAGCAGCGGCGGGAGCGGCAGCGGCAGCAGCAGCAAGUGUUCCGAUUCUGACAGUCAGCUCGUUGUCUAAGCGGUUCCUCGUGCCGGGGUGGAGGGUGGGAUGGAUCGCUGUGCACGACCCGCGGCACAUUCUGAGAGACGCUAGGGUGAUGGAGUCUUUGGAGCGAAUACUGCAGUAUGCCCCUCAACCAUGCUCCCUCAUUCAGGCCGCCCUUCCUGCCAUUCUCAACACCACACCGCCCUCCUUCUUGAGCCAGCUCAAUUGCCAGCUGGCAGAUGCUGCCCGCACCAGCCUGUCUCGGGUCGGCUCCAUCCCGGGCCUGGAGUGUCCCAGUGAACCGCAGGGGGGAAUGUUCCUCAUGGUUCGCGUUGACCUGGCAUGUUUCCCGUCAUUCCCAGACGACAUCUCAUGGUGUAGGCAGCUGUUGCAAGAGCAGAGGGUGGUGCUAAUCCCAGGGACUGCAUUCCGUCUACCUGGUUGGGUGCGAGUUGUGCUUUCUGUGCCGCCCCAAGUUCUUUUUGAGGCAUGGGAUCGCAUUACUGCAUUUUGUAAGGACCACUACAAGGCCACAUAGAAUAAGUUUAAUGUUGUGUUGGUAUUGAGAAUGCUUAGAAAAAUUGCUCGUAUUGUGAGUUUAUUGUGCUGGUUGGUUGGUCAUAAGGCAAGGUUGUAUGCAUAAGGCAAAUUGAAUUCGUGUAA